AUGGACGAUGGGUUGAUCAAAUAUCGGUCAGGAUGCAUACAGACAUUUGACAUAUUUAAUGGACGAUGGGUUGAUCAAAUUCCGGCCAUGAUGCAUAAAGACAUCGGAAAGUCAUAUUUGUUGGACGAUGGGUUGAUCAAAUUCUUGUCAGGAAGCAUACAUACAUCGAAAUGUAAUAUUUCAACAGAAGUGCUUCCUGUGAUAGGGAAGCGUUCAAGAGAUACCACUGAAUGUUCGAAAUGUUGUAAUUCUUCAUACUGCAAUUUAGAAACCUGUGAUAAGCCGUAUGCAAGUCGCAUAAAACGAUGUUUGUCAUGCAAGUAUGCUCUUCGACCUGACGAAUGUAGUGAGUCUAUACAAUGCAGUGAUGGAGAGGUUUGUUAUUCUCAGACUUUAAUUCAUAACUCGGAAAGACGAUUUAGACUUGGAUGUAUACACAGACAGCAAUGUGGGAUUAAUGCCAUUAAUCAGGUUAGUAAUGUAGUUCAACAACCAGAUGGAUACUGCGGACAGUGUUGCGAGGGCAAUAAUUGUAACAGAGAAAUAUGUGGACAGAGAAAAGUACAACACUAUAAGUUAAUCAAACCACCGCCAUUAAAAUUCUGUCGUGACAAUUCUACAUCGACCUGUGCAGCCAAAACCAGGCAAUGUUCUAAGGAAUACUACAAGUUUUUCCAGUGUCCUUAUUCAUGCAACCAAUGUGGAGUAUUUCACUAUACGGAAUCUGUAACAUCAACUACAGCCAUGCCCAUUUCCUCAGAGAAAUCAGGUAUUUAUACAGGGACAAAUCAGCAUGUCAAUCAUUAUAUUCAUAUAAACAUGCAACUGAAUUGA